CCCAGUUUGACAGACACUUUCCAUUUAACAGUAUAUUUUGUAUUGCGGUUGUGCACAAAUGGACUGAAUACCGAGGUUUGUGCUCUCAGCAUGUGUGCGUGUGCUUUACUUUCACAUUUCAAGUGGCUCAACACGACAUUUUGACAUUAAAAGCUUUUUUAAAAAAUAUUAUUUAGUUUGUAUUUAAUAGUAAAUAUUACAAAAAUAAUCUUUUCCCAUAAUAGCCUAAUGUUUGUGCACACCACUUUUGUGAAAAAAAAUACAUUUUAAUUUAUCCACGCUCAAAUUCCUUGUAGUACCUCUAGCGGCCAGCAAGUGGUGCUCCAACUCCGCCCAUCUCCUUCCGGCGGCAAACUACCUGCAGAGGAGCUUCCGCCACAUUCAAACUCCGAUGCACGCCUGAUUUGCUUUAACUGCUUUCUUCCUGUGACUAAUUAGCACCAAUCUGCCCAUCAUCCACUCUGACAUCGACUUGUUUUACGAGCUUCAGUGUUGACGAGAGACCCCACCGGGCACCGCCAUCAUGCCGCUGAGCUCAAGUUUAUCGAGUAAGAACUACGACUACGACUACGACUCCCUGCAGCCUUACUUCUACUACAACAACGAGGAGGAGGACUUCUACCCGCAGCAGCUGCAGCCGCCGGCGCCGAGCGAGGACAUCUGGAAGAAAUUCGAGCUCUUGCCCACCCCUCCUCUGUCGCCGAGCCGGCGGCCGUCCUUGUCCAGCCUGUACCCCUCCACGGCGGACCAGCUGGAGAUGGUGAGCGAGUUCCUGGGCGACGACGCCGUCAACCAGAGCAUCAUCUGUGACGCCGACUACUCGCAGACGUUCCUCAAGUCCAUCAUCAUCCAGGACUGCAUGUGGAGCGGCUUCUGUGCGGCGGCCAAGCUCAAGAAGGUGGUGUCCGAGCAGCUUGCUUCCUUGCACGCCGUCCGGAAGGAGUCCACCAACACCAGCAGCAGCAUUCCCACGACCAUCACCACCACCAGCAAUGCCUCUGCCGUUUCCUCUGGGGUGGCGGCCACCACUGCCUCUGCCUCUGAGCGGGGCUCUGAGCCUACCGGUGCCGCCACUUGGAAGCUGAGCAGUAGCUACCUGCAGGACCUUAACACCUCAGCGUCGGAAUGCAUUGACCCCUCGGUGGUUUUUCCCUACCCUGUGGCGGAGACGCCUAAGCAGAGCCGGUCCCCUUGUCAGGAUUUGGGACAGGACAUGCCAGCCCACAGCUGCAGCAGCAGUUGCAGCGACUCUGAAGAGGAUGAGGAUGAUGAUGAGGACGAGGAGGAGGUGGUGGAGGAGGAGGAGGAGGAGGAGGAGGAGAUUGAUGUAGUGACGGUGGAGAAGCGGCAGGCGGUCAAAAGAUGCGACCCCGGCCCAGUGGAGAACCGACACCCCAGUCCGUUGGUGCUGAAGAGGUGCCACGUCUCCACCCACCAGCACAACUAUGCCGCCCACCCACCCACCAGGCACGAGCAGCCGGCUGUCAAGAGGCUCAAGCUGGAAAGCGCUGUAGGAGGAGGGGGCGGCGGCUUCAUCGUGAGCCAGAGCCGCGUCCUCAAGCAGAUCAGCAGCAACCGCAAGUGCUCCAGCCCCCGCACGUCCGACACGGAGGACCAUGACAAGCGACGGACUCACAACGUGCUGGAGCGCCAGCGGAGGAACGAGCUCAAGCUGAGCUUCUUCGCCCUGCGGGACGAGAUCCCCGAGGUGGCCAACAACGAGAAGGCGGCCAAGGUGGUGAUCUUGAAGAAGGCGGCCGAGUGCAUCUGCAGCAUGCAGUCGGACGAGCACAGACUCCAGUCUCUCAAGGAGCAGCUGAGGAGGAAGAGUGAACUUUUAAAGCAGAGACUCUUGCAGCUGCAGAGCGCUUAAACUUUUUUUGUUUUGUUGGCCUUUUUGUUCUUGUUUUUUUUUUUUUUUUUUUUUUAAAUGCAAGUUCAAGACUGUACAGUUGUUGCAUGCAAAUGCAGGAAAUAAGGAUGUUUGGAAUCAUUGUUUGAUUUCAAUGUUGAAACUGCCUCAAUUGACGUUAUGGUUGGAUUUAAAUAUUUAAAGUUUAUUUUAUUAAUAAAAUAUUAAAAAAUAGGGCUUCACAGUUCAGGGGGGCCCAAAUUUAAAAUAUACAUUUUUAUGUUUUGUAUAUAAUUAAUAUUUCCUAAGAAAAUGUAUUUUUGGAUCUCAAUUGUCUGGAUGUUCAGACUCAGUGUUUGUUUUUUCAUUAUGUUCCUAGAUUCUUUUUUCAAAUAUAAAAACAAUGGU